UACAAGACAAUAGUGAAGAAGCUUCUUCUUUCUGGUUGUAAAUGAUUGCAUGCCUGACGCUUGGGAACGACUUUAUGGUCUGAAGAGAGGAGAACUGUGGCCUGUGCGCGCUCUUGUUCCGAAUUCUGAUUGUGAGAUGGCUGAAAGUGAAUCCUCCCGAAGGCACACAACAUUCGAAUUCGAUGUUGCUGAGUGUUUCUUUCGAAAAAUCCUCGAGGUUGUGGUGCGGUGAAGCUUUAUCGGAUUCAUAUCUAACUAAAUCAAAAUACUGAUUCGUGCACGUUUCGUCUCGACUGGAGGAGCAGUUUUCUCACGAAUAAACUUUCGCUUCUUGGACAAACCGCUAAAUCGUAAAAUAAGAAAAAGGUUUCGAGUGGAGGAUUUUGCUGAAUUCGUCAAGUUUUUGGGAGAAUAAAGAAUAUUUCGCAUAAAGGAGCAUUUAAAGUUUGCUGGGAGAUCCCUCCUUUUCUUGGCCUUCCUACCAUUUCUUCGAUUCGCAUAUAAACGGAUAUUCAAGGCGCCUCUACUCGUCGGAGGUUUGCGGAUCUCAUCGGAGGGAACGUAACAAAAUAAUGUCCGAUGGACAAAAUGCCACUAUUUACGAGAGGUUCCAUUGUGAAUAUACUUCGAAGAUCCAUGAAAUGUCUAUCAAUCAGAAAGUUGAAUAUAUUCAGGCGAAAAUCGGAAAAAUUCAAAAUGAGUUUAAUGAGUUUACUGCAGGAGGAAGACGUUGCAGUUAAAAAUUCUCCACCAGCAAGGCGAGUGGAUCAUGUAAAUGUAAAUAAUUUCCCUUCAAAACGUCCACUCACCACUUUAGAAAAUUUCCACUACGACCAAUUUCCGUCUUCAAAAAUCAGAAAAAAGGAUUUAAUACUAAAUCCAAAAAUUGUUCGAACAAUUAAUUUCGAAGUUAAAGUUCGCGGUGAAUUGGGUUUAAUAAUAGAGCGAGAUCAGGACUCGAUGAAAAAUAAAUACCUUAUAUCAAAAAAUAAUUCCGAUCAUCAACAAUUGUGGUUGGGAGAUGAAGUAGUAAAAAUUUCGAAACAACGAAUUCGUGGAACAACUGAAUAUCAAUUGAAGCAAACGAUAGAAAAUUGUUUCGGAAACGUCGAACUCAUGAUUUCAAGGGAUCCGAAAUUUUCUUUCGAGGGAAAUUUAUCGAACGAUUGGACGAAUCAUUUAAAUGAAAGGAUCAGAACGAAAAGUGAAUCUGAAAUUUGGAAUUUGCCAGAUUCAUCAGAAAAUAUCAAUCAAGUAGAAAAUGUAACUGUGAGGCAAGAUCACGAAAUUACGAAUAGUCGCUGUAAAAUUGUUGGAUUUUUGAGGAAAAACGCAAGUUUUGAAGAAAUUGAAAACAUGGAAGAGGAGAAGAAAAUAAAAACAGAGACAGAAUGGGAAAAAGGAGGAGAAAAAAAAGAAGUAGUAAAAGUAGAGAAAAGGGAAAAAGAGGAAGACAGUAAUCAAGUAACGGGAAUGAAAAAGUUUUUUUUCAAGAAAAGUUGUGUAAAUCAACCACAGGAUUUGAUAGUAAUUCAAUUAGAGAGUGCGUCAGUUAAGAAACUUGGAUUUUCCAUUGUCGGCGGAUCAGACUUGAAAAUUAAUGAUUUGGGAAUAUUUGUCAAGAACAUUUUCCCCUGGGGUCAAGCAGCAGAAGAUGGAAAGUUAAAAAUUGGUGACGAAAUUUGGUUCGUGAAUGAAAUUAACGUGAAGGGAAAGAGUCACGCGAAAGCUCUACAAAUUAUCCAGGAAGCGAAAAACAAACCGAUGACUUUAAAAAUUAGAAGAGGAUUUUCGAUCGUUAAAUUCUAGCGAUGAAAGUAUUUUUGAUAGAUAAUUAUCCAGAGUUUUUUAUAGUUAAUUAUCUCAAAGGAUAU